AUGGAGCCUACCCGUGUACCCAGGGCCCCUGGUCCACGUCUCAUUUUCCUCGUCGCCACGCUGGCUCUCACUUUCGCAGCGACCGGAUUGUUGUGCAGUGCCAUAAUGUCGGAUCACUGGGAGGAAGUUGGCUGGGAUAAGGAGGCUUUGACCCACGCUAAUGUCACUCUCACGUGGUACUUGGACGGUCAGGUGGCGAUGCUCGAGCCUGGUCCAGGACACAGGAAACAUCAUUCAGGCAGACGACGUACAUUCCUCGUCCCGAUGUACGGCGGUAUCUGGAUCAUGUGUGUCUCACUCGCUGAGGAGGAAAUACGACUACUGGGUCAGGUAGGUUUUCCGCAAGAGAGGUGCAUUAACUACUUGACGCCCGACGAAGCACACGAGGAGAUCCGUGUCGCCUGGCAGAAUCGGAUGCAGAACUUGAGUAUCUCCUGUUCCCUAGUCUGCCUGAUAAUCCUUGGAACCGCCGUCCUGAUCGGAUUUUUUGGACUGUGCAGGCAUCAAAUAUCGGCGGUCCUCAUCACAGGCGUGAUGUAUCUUCUAGCAGCCACGUUCGCGUUGUUCACCCUGACGAUCAUCCACUUCAAGAGGGCCCAGGAUCGCGGUGCCAGGAUACUGGACGGCCCUGAGGAUGGUGUGAUCGGUGGACCGGUUCCACGUAACGUUCUCAAGGCCAGACGAUUCAACAGCUCCUGGAGCAUGGACUUCGGAUGGGGAGGCGUCACGCUCUGCGCCCUCGCCUCGGUCGCGUGGAUCUUGCUCAGCAAAAUAAUGCGUUUCAGCCCCAUAGCCGCUAUGAUUGCGUAG